CCUUCAUUUACAGCUGGGGUCCUUGUGGCUGGAUUAUCGUCGCUGAAAUCUUCCCUCUGAAUGUUCGAGGCAAGGGCCUGUCCAUCGCUGCCUCCUCCAAUUGGUCGGUCAGGUAACGCCAUCGAUGUUGGAGACCAUAGGAUGUGGGACUUCCGUUUUCUUCGGAAUUUUCUCGUUCCUAGGCGGCUGCUUUUUCUGUUCCUGGUCCCAGAAACGAAGGGUGUAAGUUUGGAAGAAUUGGAAGAAUUGUUUGGUGAUACCACAAAUCACGCCCUAGAGGAUUUUCGCCGUCUUGAAGACAUCCAUCAGCGCCUUGGCUUGAGUACUGAACCUAUUGAUGAGAAGCCAUGAUGAAGAAGGUGGCAAGGCAUCCUUUGAAGAGAAGGUUGGCGAGUGAGCGACACUUACGAUCACAGUGAUACUUUGCUUCACGUUGUAUAAUAAAGAACUACUUAAUAUGAGAGACUACGAG